AUGGGCAACAGCUUCGGUUUCCUGAGAGGCGAAAGCGGAAGUGGGUUUCAGUUCAACGUGGUUGAAGCCUGCAAGGCUGAAGAUGUAGACCUCGCUCAGGCUUGUAGCCUGACGUUUGGUGCGGAUCGUGACCUGAUAGCGAUUGGCAAUGUUACAAGGGGAGCGAUGGUGCCGCAGCCUGGUAUAGCCGGGAUCGGAAUCUGGAUCGCGAUGGUACUGUUCUUUGUUGUUGUCGCGAUAUCUCUCAUCUUUGUCCUUAUCGAGCUCUGGUCCAGAGCAGAUGUCUCUCAAUUCAGCAGCGCCUUCGCGAGUCUCAGGGACAAACCCAAUAACAAGACUCCCGGAAAUCCGAACGCGGAUCCGACAUGGAAAGACAAAGUGCGCGCAGCUGGCCGAACGUUCGUCUUGGGCGUUGCAGACACCCAGACUAUCUUCGUCGGAGCUUUCCUUCUCGGCUUUGCUGGCCGGAGCAAAUGUAAGCUGACAAGUUACCACUUUACAGUCGCCGUCAGUCAGAUGAUGAUUGCGCUGUCCGUUCUCACCUUCUCCAUCGCUCUGGUACGGACGUACUGGCGUAAUCCACUUGCAGCCGCUUUUCGACUAAUUCUCUCGGUUGGGGCCUUCAUCGGUGUCGGAUUGACCAUCUUCAGGGAAGCCAACUAUGCCCCGUAUGACGCGCUCAAGCACUCGAGCCAAGACAGCGCCAUCCUCCUCCCAGUAGCAUGUAUGCUAGAGAUGGACCUACGAUCAGCAGCAGAAGAGCAAGCACGCCAGAACCAAGCCAAUCUCGGUUUCGGAAACGCAAAAGCCUGGCCACCUGAAAGAUCCAUGUACAUAGUCCUCGGCGUCGCUUUCAUCGCCGCCCACAUCUCAGUCCCCAUCCGUUUUGCCGAAUCCAAGGACCGCGCGCCAAAGGUGUGGACGGAGAAGCGGGCCUUCGUCACCUUGAUCUACUGGAUCUUGGUGUUGCUCACACCCAUCGUGACGUCGAUGUUUUGCUGGUUCCGCGUAUACACAAUGCGCGAGUGGGUAGCUGGUUCUGGGUGGAUGGAGGAUCCGAAUACGGAGAUGAUAGUGUGGGAUUCGGGACAGUUGAUUGCUAUGGGCGUGCUUAUUACGGUUGUCAUGAAUGUGCUUACUGAGGCGAAGGAAAGGGAGAAGAAAGACGCGAAGAAAAAGGAUGAAACGGAUGGAGAGGCUGGACUAGAGUUGCUGCCGACCGCGUAUCACCCACCCACCACCGAGAGCGUCAGACCCUAUCUAAACACAUUUGCCCUACACAUACACCGAUUCAACGUCUCGCAUUGGCCGCUUCAACGCCCCGCCACCAUGUUCACGAGCUUCACCGGCAACACGCGAAAGGCGCGCCAAGUCAACCUCGGCGGCAAGAAGACGAAUCCCUUCGGCCCUCCCGGCUCCGGCGCCGGUUCACAAGCCGCCCUCGACCGCGCACAGCAAGAGCGAGCCCAACGGCAGCGGGAACGAGACACGCUCAAUGCGGCCAAGCGGAUACAGAAAGUAUGGCGGGGUCACUCGGCCAGGAGAGAUGUGGCUGACGAGCUACGGGGCGCAUGGGACCGGGUAGAAGACGCGAACGGCUCUUCGAGGGCGGCGACAUAUGACACGGAGGAGGAAGCUCUUGCCCAGCUACAACGGCUGCUUCGAUUCGCAUCGUCACGGAGCGAUGAUGAUCUGCGACGGAUACAGCACUAUGCAUCGCGGCAGAUGGAGACAGUUAAGAAGUUGGGCAUCACAUCCAGCGGGCCAUGGCCGUGGGCAUACCUAAGGCUGGAGCGCAUCCUACUCGUGGCCAUAGAGCGGCAGCUUCAGAAGCACGCGCCGAUGCAAUGGAAUCAGGUUGGGGCCUCUCUCACCGUCUUACAGUUCCUCGCCGACCAGAUACCCGCCGAAACGUCCCAGAAUGCCGAGCAUUACUACCGCACUCUUGCACGCGUCGUGGCCACCUUCACCCCAACACUCGAAACGCAGAGCGAAGGAUUGGAGAUAAGUGACACCAUAGUCAGGGCAGCCCUCUCGCCGAUGACGCGGGUCACUGGCUACACACUGGAUGCUUAUGAGGCUUUUGGUAUACAUUUCCUGACCCUCCCACUAUUAGGCUCGGACUCAACGUCACCACCAUUACAAAAGUUCCGCGACUCGCUUGCCGACGCCAUCAACUACAAACUACUCGCAAACGCAUUGGCGACACUUUCCAAGAGGGCAGGACUGCAAAGCAAAUCCGAGCUGAAGAACACAUCAAGUAGACUACGUUUACUAGGAAACUUUAUCUACUUCCACCGCUACGCCCACAACUUCGACACCCCCGAAGCUUAUGCUGUUCACAAAGACUUUGUAGCCGUCGUAUCGGUUCUGUUGAACUCUUUACCAAUCAACAUUGUAGAUGAUGAUCAUCCAAUCGCCGAGCUUUCCGAAGACGACGGUGCCGACCAAGACUCUAGCGCCGUGUCGAAUUUCUUGAAAGAGCAAGUCCGCUCCCUGGUACAUCAGGAGGGUAUUGGAAGUCUGUUGGCCGGAUCAUCACAGUCAGCGGAAGCUUCAGAUGAUGAGAAGGUCGAAGAAGCCCGGCAGCUUGCAAACUACGCGCUUGCAUUACUUCGCUUUUUCCCUCGUCGCGGUGAUGAGAUACGAAUGUGGCUCUACAUCGGCCCAUCAGAGGCGUCUGGCAAGAGCGCAAGGAAGCUUCCAGCGAUCAAAUACUUCUGGGAAGCAUCAAAACGAUCAUCGGUCUUUACCACCAUCUUCAGGGACUCAAGGGCAGCUAUUGGACUCUUGAAGCCGAAAGCUUCAAAUCUGAACAACUCUGACCGCCCAGGGACGUCCGGGCUAACGCAGCAUGGCUUCUGGCAGCCAGCACAACAACAACUUGAUCGCGACGCAGUCACAACCGACGAAUGGCGGGUCAUCCUGGUAUUCCUUGAACUAUAUACCUUUGUACUCAAAGUCACCGACGACGAGGAGUUCUUCACCUCGGGGCAGAAAGACAUCUACUCGGGCCAGAUCCGCGACAGCGGCUUGCCUCUAAGUGAAGUGAAGGAUCUGACGACUUUCCUGAAGAAUUUGGGCUUCACACUUUACUUCAACGCAGUAGACAUUACAACCUCGGAAGAGGACAUGGGAGGCAAUAACAGAAGUCUUAGCUACUUCAAUCCUGGAGUCAUGGACAAUCAAGCCCAGAAAGAGCAUGCUGAGCCAUCAAUAGGUGGUGUCGCAGGCUUGAGGAUAGAUUACGUGAAAGGGCUCGUCACUGGACUACUUCGUAUGGUAUACGAGCGUGACUCGCGACGCAAGUUUCUGCCUUCGGACCACUGGCUCAUGGUCUCCCGCUUUGACAUGACGGGGUUCAUUCCGGCUGUAGUUGAGGAGGAAGAGUCGCGGCACAAGAUCCAAGAGGAAGACGCGGAAGAUCUUGACGACUUGGAAGAAGAAGAAUUUGACGAUACACCACAACUCAUCGGCACGAGUCGCACACAAACACAACGACGCUUGGAGAAACUACAACGGCAGCAGCGCAAGGCUUCGCGGAGACGGUACCUACAGGCUGUCGCGCCUCGUCUUGAGAUCUUGCAGAAUAUGCCUUUCUUCAUACCCUUCACCACACGCGUUCAGAUCUUCCGCGAGUUUGUCAAACUAGAUAUGAUCAAGCGACGAGGAUCUGCAGAUCCUGAGUUCUGGCGGUUCCGGACUAUGCAGCAGCCAAACGCACGCAGCCAACUCGAGAAGCACACGGCUAGGAUCAGAAGAGAGAACGAGUUCGAUGAUGCUUUUGAGCAGUUCUAUGAACUAGGCCAGGGCUUGAAGGAACCAAUUCAAAUCACCUUCAUGGAUCAGUUUGGCGCCCCUGAAGCUGGUAUUGAUGGUGGUGGUGUUACGAAGGAGUUCCUCACCAGCGUCACCAGCCGAGCGUUCAUGCCAACUGAAUACAUCGACAUGUUUGUUGAGAACGACCAACAUCUUCUGUAUCCCAAUCCCGCCGCAGUCGAAGAGCACAAAGAGGCUCUCCGGCAAGCCGGCAUACGCGAGGGUUCACAAGAGUACCGUGCGCAGAUCACUGAGCUGCUUCAACGCUACGAAUUCCUAGGUCGCAUCAUCGGCAAAUGUCUGUACGAAGGUAUCCUAGUCGACGUCAACUUCGCACCCUUCUUCCUACGCAAAUGGGCACUAACCGGCGGCACGGGCUCCGCGCCCAACGAAUCCGGCUACCGCCCCACGCUCAACGACCUCCGCGAUCUAGACGAAGAGCUAUACCAAGGCCUGCACAAGCUCAAGACCUACCCUGGCGACGUUGAAGACUUCUCCCUCAAUUUCACCGUCACCGACACCGUCAUCGUCGACCACACGACCUCGCCCAAGAAAACAAAAGCCAUAACCAAGGACCUCAAGCCCGACGGCUCAAACACCCCCGUCACCAACCAGAACCGGCUUGUGUAUAUUAGUUACAUGGCGCGCCACCGGCUGCAAAACCAACCCUACGCCCAAACCACGGCUUUCCUCCGCGGCCUCGCCACCAUGAUCCAACCCUCCUGGCUCUCCAUGUUCAACCAAUCCGAACUCCAGACCCUCAUCUCCGGUACGCGUACGUCCAUUGACAUCGAAGACCUGCGCCGCAACACCAUCUACGGCGGUACGUAUGUCAUCGGCGACGACGGACUCGAGCACCCGACUAUCCAGCUCCUGUGGAAGGUCAUGAAGGAGAUGAGCGAUGAUGAGCGCCGUGCGGUGCUGAAGUUUGUGACUAGCACGCCGCGCGCCCCGCUGCUGGGGUUUGGUACGCUGAAUCCGAGGUUCAGUAUUAGGGAUGCGGGGAGGGAUCAGGAUAGGUUGCCUAGUACGAGUACGUGUGUUAACCUGCUGAAGUUGCCGAUGUAUGAGGAUGAGAGGACGCUGAAGGAGAAGUUGCUGUAUAGUGUUUUCUCCGGUGCUGGGUUUGAUCUGAGUUAG